GCAAACCAGACUCUUGCUGCAGGGAGUGCAAAGGGGGUCUGUGUCCUCGCCCACUGCAUGCACCUGGGAGCCCAGGUGGUGCAUGCAUUAGCCCUUGGCUUCCCACCAGGCUGACUCAGUUUAACCCCUUCAUGACUGCAGCUGGCCCCGUCAACCCACCCCCACGCACAAGACCCUCUAGAAGAUGGGGGACUGGGGCUUCCUGGAGAAGCUGCUGGACCAGGUCCAGGAGCACUCAACAGUGAUUGGGAAGAUCUGGCUGACGGUGCUGUUCAUCUUCAGGAUCCUUAUCCUGGGCCUGGCCGGGGAAUCGGUGUGGGGGGACGAGCAGUCGGAUUUCCUGUGCAACACCAAGCAGCCGGGCUGUGUCAACGUGUGCUACGACAAGGCCUUCCCCAUCUCCCACAUCCGCUACUGGGUGCUGCAGUUUCUCUUCGUCAGCACCCCUACCUUGGUCUACCUGGGCCAUGUCAUCUACCUCUCGGGGCGGGAGGAGAAGCUGAAGCAGCGGGAGAGCGAGCUCCGGGCGGCGCAGAUCAAAGACUUGAAGGUGGAGCAGGCUCUGUCAGUGGUGCAGAAGAAGAUCUCCAAGAUCUGCGUGGCGGAGGACGGCCGCAUCAAGAUCCGCGGCUCCCUGAUGUGGACCUACGUCAUCAGCGUGAUCUGCAAGAGCAUCUUCGAGGCCGGCUUCCUCUUAGGCCAGUGGUACCUGUAUGGUUUCUUCAUGCCACCCGUCUUCGUGUGCGAGAGGGCCCCCUGCCCCCACAAGGUGGACUGCUUCGUCUCCCGCCCCACUGAGAAGACCAUCUUCAUCAUCUUCAUGAUGGUGGUGGGCCUGAUCUCCCUGGGCCUCAACCUCUUGGAGCUCUUCCACCUCUGCUGCAAGAACCUGCUCAGCAGGAUGAGGGAGGCCUCUUCCUCUUCCAGCCCAGCUGUGGACAUAGACUCCUUCCCAGACAGCAAGCAGUGUCACUACCUCCCUCUGAGCGAGAGCCACGCCCCUCCUUACCUGGCCUACAACAAGCUGUCGAGCGAGCAGAACUGGGCCAACUUCAACACCGAGGAGAACCUGGCACUGCGCAGUGGUAACAAGCCCUCUCCUGAGUCCUAUGCCCCAGGAGCCCAGCCCCUGCAGGAGAGGCAGACCAGCCGGCCUGGCAGCUCUGCUUCCAAGAAACAGUAUGUCUAGGAGAGCACUGCAACCAGGCUGCUGUGUCUCGGAGGUAUCCUUUUCCCCAUUGAACAAGGGGAUACUCAGGUUCUUGGGCAUCUUGGCCAUGGGACCUGUUUGCUAUAGAGGCUUUAAAAACCAAACAAAACCCCAAAGCUCCUUUUGGAGACCCACUUUGGUUGACUGGCAGGCACCUCCUGCACUCCACUGUCCAUGGUGUGUCUGUGUAUUUAAAGUGUGGGUGCUGUAGAUGUGCUCUCAGGUGCAUGCACCUCUCAGCAAACUGGCUGUGCCAUAGGACGUUCAUGUGGCUCAAUGGCACGUUGCAUUGUAGCCGGCUGACUGAACUUUACAGGGUGCGAGGACCCUUCCUACCAUUCUGCUGGCGAAAUGUACCUCAGGCUCCCUGGGGGAGGGUUAUUCUCUGGUGCCUUUGUACAAAAGACCCUAAGUAACCAAUGUCACAUGAUACCAAUAUGUUCACCUUUCUUUGGCUGCAGUCCCAGGAGAGCUGGUGCUUUCUUUUUUUUUUUUUUUUAAACUGUGUAGACAUGGAAACCAAACAAAAUCCCUUCUUCAGCUGCAGAAGCAUCUUCAGUGGAAAGCUGCCUGGGAUAUUGUGCGGCUUGUGCAUUCAGAUCCAUGGUGCUUUGCCUUGGGGUGGACCAGCUACUGCGUUUUUGGGUAAUAUGUGCGGAAAUAUCCUUACUAUAACUAGGGGAGUUAAUCUGGCCCAGCCUAGGUAAACGAUUAUCCUUCUAAAGGAGGGAGAGGGGAAGUCUGUUUGCCUCGGAGAUCUUAGCAGCUGCAAGAGUUUGCCUUCAGCCUAGAAAUUCCAUAGGGCAGCUUGUUGUAAGAAUUAAUGUGGGGUUGGGGGCACUGGAGUGCCAGACAUCUCUCCUCCUUCUGGGUCACCUCCCAAAAUAAUCCCAACAUCUAGAUCUUGCCACACUGAGUUGCAUGACUCAGUAGUUUAUCCGUCCAAGCUGAGGUGCCAGCCCAGUGUGAGGAAACCCCGAUGUACUAAGGAAAAGCCGUAUCACAGGGCUUAACGCCUACUGCCCAGAGUUCAGUUGCCCCAGAGCAAAGUUAUAAACUCUGUCCUCAUGUACGUUCAGAGUAACUUGCUGUCCGUGUGUGUGUAGGUGUAAGGGAUCCCCACAGGUAGCUGCAGUAACAGCCCUGGUCCUCUGCCCCAGAUGGUCUCAUUUCUGAGGCACCGGUUUCCAUUGGUUAACUAUUAUUUAUUUUUUAACCUGCUUGUCUGACUGUAGAACUGCAGCUUCAAAUCCCAAUAUUUGCCACUGGCUCUGUUAAGCUGUUGGUUGGCUAGUGCAAAGCGUGAGUAUUCACUUCCCAGCCGCUUUACAGGGAUCCCCCUGCGUUCAAAUCUGCUGGGAAGGAGGGGCCUUCACUUGUGGGGUGUGAGCACUGGGCCUCUGCUGGAAUGGGGCUGCCCACAGAUUCGGCCAGGGUGGAGGGGACGUUGUGGGUAAGUGAAUUGCCCCAUUCAGAGCCCUAGAACCAUUGCUGGGGGCUUAAGGCUGAUCACACUCUUCCUAGGUUCCCUUUCCUCAGCCUCUCAGUUAGGAACUGGUUGCACCAGUCAACAGAGCUGGCACCUCCUGCCCGGCAGAGAUCGGAUACGGGAGUCGCUGGCGCAGGGCGGGGUUUGAGGGAUAGAGCUGCAUGGCACAGUGCUCAUGGGCACUGUUUAGGCUGUUGAUUAUUUCACUUUAAUGAGCACCAAAGUCACUCAAAAAAAAUCUUCAUUUCAAAAAGGGGUAGGAAAAAAAUAAAGUGACUUCGUUUGUUUGCACAAAUGUCCUCUCCUGCUGGGGUGUGGGCGGGUGGUGGGCUGAGGGAAACCUGCCAUCCCUCCUCAAGAGAGCAGGCUCCAGUGAAUUGUGCCUGAAAAAUCCCAAAGCUGUGAAACCAAAAGGGUCUCGCCUUCUGUCCUCCUGAUUGUUUGUUCCAUUUUUAAUGUAAGCCAAACCACCGCAGCCGCCUGCUCGGGCUGUAUUCUUAUCUCCCCAACGUGUCCAUGCUCAGAGGAGCAGAUGGAAGUUGCUCUUCAGCUCUUUCUGGCAGACUUAAUGUUGCAUUUUUGUCAAGUAAAACUUUGACAUAAAAUACC